AAUAUCUCUCUCUCUCUCUCCCUGUGUGAAAACCACUUUCUUGCUGGCUCUCCCACCCACCAGAACCUAACCCCCAUAUCUAACCCUUAAUGUAUUCCUAAUUUUUUUUUUUUUAAUUUCUAUAUGCUCUAACUUGAAAUUUAGAGGUUUGGUAAUUUGUAGUAUGAUGAUGGAAGUGGAGCAACCGAGGACAGUCAAUCCGCCCAUGACCUUCGACGAGGUCUCCAUGGAACGCAGCAAGAGCUUCGUCAAAGCUUUGCAGGAACUUAAGAACUUGAGACCUCAACUAUAUACUGCUGCAGAAUACUGUGAAAAAUCGUAUCUUAAUAGUGAUCAGAAAGAGAUGGUGCUGGACAACCUGAAAGAUUAUGCCCUAAGAGCCCUGGUAAAUGCUGUUGAUCACCUUGGCACAGUUGCUUACAAGUUAACUGACCUUCUCGAGCAGCAAACAUUAGAAGUCUCAACCAUGGAGCUCAACGUUUCUUGCCUAAAUCAGCGACUUCUGACCUGUCAAACGUAUAUGAAUGGUGAAGGUCUCAGGCAGCAGCAGUUGUUGGCAUUCAUUCCCAGACAUCAUAAGCAAUACAUUUUGCCAAAUUCUGUGAAUAAAAGGGUACACUUUAAUCCACACAUACAGACUGAUAUGCAAAACCAUUUUCAAGCUAGAGCUCGUCUUCAGCCUUCAGGUAACCUUGCACCAAAAACUCUUUCCUGGCAUUUAGCCUCAGAAACAAAGACUACCUUAAAAGGGAUCCCACAUGCUUCAACCAGUUCUGAAGACCCAAAAGUUUCUGGGAAGACUUCUGGGGUUUUCCAUCUUUCAGAUAAUGAGAAGACUACCAGGACUAACUCCCCAACAGCUCAUCUUCAGUUCCCAAGUGGCGGCUCUGCUUCUAGUGCAAUUAUGCAAACAUUGAGUGGCACAAGAAGGGAUGGAAUGAAGAGUUCCCAAGCAUUGACAAGAUACAGGUCAUUUGAAAACCAAAAUCGACGAGACAUUGCAUGUGUUCCUGUUCGCAGCAAAAGCAUACUAUCAUCUUUCUUUGUCAAACAGAAGACACCGAAGCUGAAGGCUGGUUCUGUUCUGUGAAUCUUCAACAAAUCAAAGAAGCUGCCCUUUAAAGCUUCUCCCUUUGUGGGGCAAGUUGCCAGUAAAUGCCUUCUAAGUUGAUGAACUGUUUGCUUGGAUAGUUGGAUGUUAGUUCAGCAAUUGCUUGAAAUCAUAUUUUACUCCACUUCCAAGUCUUUCAUUUUGCUGUUAAUAAUGAACAAAUUUGCCUCCUGUGAUGAAGAUGGUCAGGAUCUGCUCACCCGGGUAUGCUAUCUGAUCAACAAUGUCAUAGAUGUUUCUUUGUCCAGAAUAUGCAAAUACUAUGCCAAUGACUAUGAUUCCACUGUUCAUAUUGUACAUAUGAGAAUAUAGCAAACUUACUGUGAAAA